GUUCAUUGGUUUAACUAUAUGUAAAAGCUCAUAGCUCAUGAACGACACGUUUCCGCCGCCUGCGCAGCCUUAUAGGCUUUCCGUGAAAACUGCUUCCUAAUAUGCAGUAGUGGUGAACCGAUAACGCGAAGCAGACGCGUUGAUAACAGCGCGCGCUCCGAUCGCCCGUGUCAUGUUAACAGAUUCAUCAUGAACUCAAGAACUCUUUUACUGAGUGCAAUAUUAUUUUUUAUUUUAAAAAGUGCAGCGAACCAAAAAAGUAAUUCGCAAAAUCCAGUAUUAGACUGUCCAUCCCUCGAAAAAGGCGACGGCUACACCCAAUCAGAGUUCCUGUCUCGACUGGCGAACGAGUGCCGCUAUGACCGGCUGCUGCUGCCCACCUACCAGACCGGGGAAGUGGUCUACGUGCACGCCAGUGCUUAUGUCUACUUCAUCCAGCCAGCCGAAGCACACGAUUUGAAUUUCAAAUUGCAUUUCCUUCUUCAACUACGAUGGACAGACCCGCGGCUGGCGUAUGCCCUGUAUUCGCCGGAACGUACAAAAAUCAUCGGUGAGAGCGAUCUGCGUCAGCGAAUAUGGGUGCCCCACUUGUACAUGUCCAACGAGCAGGUUUCCAGCCUCAUGGGCACGGACAGCAAAGAUGUACUCAUUUCCAUAGCACCAGAUGGAGAGGUGUUGUUCAGCCGCCGAAUGCAGGCUGUGCUUUAUUGUUGGAUGAAUCUCCAGAAGUUUCCAUUUGACGAGCAAAAGUGCUCUAUGAAUCUCGAAAGCUGGAAAUACAAUGCAUCAAUUUUGCGUCUUAUGUGGGAAAAGGACAAUCCAGUCCGACUUUCCUCGGAACUGCACCUAACAGAAUACUCUCUGCUGGACUAUUGGACCAACGAAUCCGUUGUGCGAGGCGAUAUUGUCAAUAUGCGUUUGGGAGGAGGUAGAUCUGGAAAUUACAGUGCUCUAAAGUUCACAUUUAAGCUGGGCAGAGAAGUUGGUUAUUAUCUUAUGGACUACUUCAUUCCAUCCAUGAUGAUUGUUGCAAUGUCAUGGGUCACUUUCUGGUUGCAGGCCGAUGCUUCAGCACCAAGAAUCACUUUAGGAACAAGCACUAUGUUGUCGUUUAUCACACUUGCGUCGUCACAAGCCAAGACUCUGCCGAAGGUCUCCUACAUCAAAGCUAGUGAGAUCUGGUUCCUAGGCUGUAUCGGCUUCAUCUUCUCUGCUCUUGUGGAGUUCGCGUUCGUCAACACAAUUUGGCGCAGAAAAAAAGUGGUGAACUUAAAGAAGGUGAACAGCAAGUACAUUCUGAAGAGCACGCUAACCCCUCGCUUGGCGCGCAAGGAGUUACAGAAGGAGUUGCAAUCGUCGCCUCAACUCACCAAGUCGCGAUCCUGCUCCUCGUUACAGCAAGAAACUAGUAGCGAUCCAGCUGGACCUGGAUAUAAUAACUACCUUACUGUACAUAGUUUCCCGUCCGCACUAAACUUACCAACGAUCACGACUCAGAGCUAUGACGAACUCAUAGCCGGAGGGCGGCCGCGGACCGCCGGCAGCGACGGCUCCGACGACCCGCCCAAGCACACCUGGACGCAGAUGACGCCGCAGGAGAUCGCCACCUGGAUCGAUAAGCGAUCCCGCGUGCUGUUCCCGCUUCUUUUCAUCUUCUUCAACAUCGUGUACUGGACUUUUGUCUAUUGUCUAUGAUUAUUGAUUAGAUACUUAAUUUGCACUGUGUGCGGACACCAAAGUAUUACGACUUUUCGGAAGAUUUGAAGUAAAGUGUGUAUACGGACCGAUAUAUAGUAGCUGCUCUUUAUUGCCAUAUUGUCUGAUAGAUACGCCGCCUGUCCCAAUACACAACAUACAAGUCCUUGAGGAGCGCGCGCUAGAGAGAUCACGAAUGAAUUACUUAGUCAUUUCCAGUAAUGUACUAAAUCUAAAUCCAAUUAAUUUUUAGCGCUCUCAAUAAUCAGGAGCUAAAAAAAUGGGGAUGAUUAAAUAAUGUUCCUAUUUAAAAUGAUUAUACCUAGGUAUGUAUUAUGUAUGAGGAAACCCAAAAAACUGUCCUAUUUAUCUAAUCGUGUUAAAAAUGCUAAACAGUUUUUGAGUUAAAUUUUUAAGUUACGUGUAAAGUCAAUUUCCGCUAGGUAUAAAUAAGUUUUUUCGUAACUAUAAAAUCUUCUCUCGAAUCUAAAAGACAAUUUUUCUUAAAUUGGCGUAUUUUUUAACUACCUAAGUAAACGUUUUUGUCGCCUUUGAAGGUCUAGUGACUAGUCGAAUUAAAGGCAAAAAGUCAUUGUAAUUGCUAAGUUUUUUUAUGUGCCUAAGCUGCAUAAAAGAUGCCGCGAUGGGGAAAGGACCAAAAAUAUUAAUAACAUUAGUUUUAGAUUCUAUUGAAGAACUUUGCAUGCCAUUUUAUUAGGAUAAAGGUCUGAUAGUGAUAAAAAUGUAUCCAUUUUUUUAUUUUAUUUACUUAUUUUUUGUAUGUAUAGUUUCCGAUACUUUUAAGCAAAGGCAAAAUAAUUUGGCCUGAAAUUAAGUUAUACCUAUACUACCUAUUUAAUGUUAUUUGAAAAAUACUUACGAGUACAAUAUAGUCAAACUUAGAAUAGAUUUAUUAAUAGAUCCAAAUGUAAUUUAUUAAAAUUAGGUAAGUACUUAUAUUUAUUAAAGUUAGCCAUAAGUUUUUUUUUAUAUUACUUAAAUUAAACAUUGUUACAAUACUUAAGUAUUACAUUUUUAUUACAUUAGAAAAAAAAUGUAGGUAUCUUUGCCUAUUAGGUCGGUAGUUGGUAAGUACAUAAUAUUAUGUAUUGUGUGAACUUUAAAUAAUAAUUGUAAAUAGAGAAAUCCUUUGAAAGCUUU